AUGCCAGGGUUCUCGAAAGUAUGCGGGGGCGUUCUCUUAGUGCUGUUCCUGGUCCUGUGGGGACCUGGACGCGCCGAUGCCGCGCUCGUCGACGAGCUCAGGCGCCAGGUCCUGCGCGUCGUCGAUCGCGUGGCGGGGCAGGGCAGCCGCGGCGGGGACGGGGGCGCUCGCGAGACCCAUUACGACCCCGAGUCCACCGACACCGACAUCCUGGCCGAGAUCGAAGACAUGCUGUACCUCCAGGAGUCCAAGCGCGACAUCAAGGCCGCCGUCAGGGGCCUCCUAGAGCUGUCCUCAGAGCUCUACGAGCGAGUCCUGCCAGCGCCGGGCCGCCGGGAGCUCCGCGACCCCCAGCUCAACGCCAAGUGGCAACGUCACGCGUCCGCCCCGGAGCACCACCACCGCGGGUUCCCGCACAUCGACUACGCGGCGCUCGGCCUCGAGCCCCCGCGCGCGCACCCGCGCCAGUCCUCCGUCCAGCACCUCGUGCGCGCCCACUUCUGGGAGAUGGACGACUCCACCGCGAACGUGGAGUCCGGGCUGUCGGGCACGCAGUCGCCCUUUGAGUGGGCUCCUGACAGGGCGGCGUCUGGCGGACACGGGCCGGUCGACCGCCCCGUGGGCGCGCACAGCGACAUCGGGGACGUGCUGUUCGAGGGCGAGGUGCCGCUGGAGGAGGUCUCGACGACGCAGGCGCACGGGUACAACUUCGCACACCCCCACGGACACGGCCUCAUCGCGUUCCCAGGGGAGGACUUCCAGGGUCUCGCGGCGAACGCGGACGCGCUGUUCCUGCUCGCGGCGCUCUCCGCGUCGGGCGUGCUGUCGCCGCUCGUGCCGCUCGACGACCGCGCCGCCGUGGAGGCGCUGCACAUCGCUGCGCGCACGGGGUCGCGCGAGGCGUCCGUGGCGCUGGCGGACCGCUACCUGCACGGCCGCGGGGUGCCGAAGUCGUGCCACGAGGCCGCGGCGCGGUACGCGCGGGAGUCGGCGGCGGUGGCGGAGCGCGCACAGUCGACGGGCGACCACGUCGUGCCCCAGCAGCCCGUGCUCCUGCGGGAGCGCCACCGCGACAACACGUACGAGUGGCGCGACUGGCAGAACUCGGACGAGCAGGUCAUGUUCGAGGAGGGCCGCGCGACGCAGGGCGACCCCGAGGCCAUGCGGUCCCUCGGGUACCGGAAGCUGACUGGGGAGGGGACUGAGGUCGACACCGAGGGGGCGUUCCAGUACUUCCAGCAGGGCGCGGACAUGGGCGACGGAUACAGCGCGUUCAACCUAGGGUACAUGUACAUGCGCGGGGAGCACCCGGGCGGCAACGGCGUGCCGGACUACCAAGCGGCGCGGCAGCAGUUUCUGCGCGCGGGGGAGCGCGGAGUUCCCGCGGCGUGGAACGGCCUCGGCGCGCUGACGUCGGGGGGCACGGGCGUGCCGCAGAACCACACGGCGGCGGUGGAGUUCUUCCGGCGCGGCGCCGAGCUCGGGGACCCUGACUCGAUGAUCAACCUGGGGACGUAUUACAUGGAGGGGGUGGCGGGAGCGGUGCAGAAGAACAGCACCGCGGCGCGGCGGUACUUCCAGGACGCGAUGGACCACGGGCACUGGAAGGCGCCGUUCCUCCUCGGCAUGCUGUCGAUGCCGGGCACGGGGCGCGGCACGGGGCCCGCGGGGCGCGUUGGCGGGUGGUUCGGGGAGGGCGAUGGCCCGCCGACGGGGCCGCACGGGCUCGAGGCGAACUGCACGGAGGCGACGCACAUGCUGCGGACGUUCUUGUCGGAGCGCAUGGGCUGGGCGGACGACAUGGAGGCGGCGAUGGACAGCGUCGACGCGGGGGAUGUGUGGGGGGGCGUGGCAGCGUACGCGUUCGUGGCGGAGCAGGGCGCGCCGCCGGCGGUGCUGAACCUCGCGUUUUUGCUGCAGCGCCACGGCGUCGCGCUCGGGAUCCGGCCGCAGGGCGAGGCGGGGAGCCCCGAAGAGGCGAGUCGCAGCGCGGGGGCGCUGGUGCAGCAGCUGGCGCUGCGGCUGUACAUGCGGGCUGGCGCUGCGGGGUACGCGGAGGGAUACACGGAGGCCGGGAACGUGCUGUACUCCGCGCCGGCGAGCGGGCUGAAGCUCGAAGGCGCGGCGGCAGCGGCGGCGGAAACGGAGGGCGGGGCGGCGCACACGCACCUGAAGCUCGCCGCGAGGAUGUAUGCGCGCGGGGCGGACAAGAGCGACCCAGAGGCGCUGCACUCGCUCGCGUGGAUGCACGCGCGGGGGAAGGGGGUGAAGCAGGACCGUGCGCGAGCAAGGGAGCUGUACGCAAAGCUUGUGUGGGGUCCCGAGUUCGAGCACAUUGGGUCGCGGGUGGUGGGGGUGCUGGGGCUGUUGCAGCUGUGGGCGCUCGAGACGGCGACGGUCGCGGGGCUGCUGGACGGCGUUGGCGGCGCGGCGGGGGAGGCGGGGGCGGCGGUGGCGGAGGAGACGGCCGCGCUGCUGGUGCUGGCGGGCGUGUACGGAGCAAUCGUGGCGCUGCGGGGGCGCAGACAGCAGGCCAUGGCGGCCAGGCGGUGA